GGCUCCGCCGUCUAAUGGAGGCGCGCUCGCUCCCCGCCGCCGUGCCGGGUUGAGCGUGAGCGGAGGUGGCGGACAUCCCGCGCCAGCACAUGGAGACGCCGCAGCGCCCCGCGGGCGGCUGCUCCUGCCGCAACACGAACUGUGUGGAGGGGCCGCUGACACGGCUUUUCCAGGGGCUGGGGCGGCUGGUGGCCGCUUGCCCCUGGCCCUUCCUGCUGGUGCCGCUGCUGCUGUCGGCCGGGCUGGGCUCCGGCUUCCUCCGCCUGCGGCAGCUGCAGGCGAACGACAUCGAGGAGCAGUUCACGCCGACGCAGGGCCCCGCCAAGGCCGAGCGGGACUUCGUGCGGCGCCACUUCCCCACCAACGACUCGGCGCGCUUCUCCGCGCCGCGGCUGCCCACGGAGGGCGCCUACGCCGCCCUCAUCGCCGUGGCGACGGCGGGGGGCUCGGUGCUCAGCGACGCGGCGCUGGGCGAGGUGCGGCGGCUGGACGCGGCCGUGCGCGCCCUGGACGGCUACGAGGAGCUCUGCGCCCGCCGCGGCGCCGCCUGCGCCGCCGCCAACCCGCUGCUGCCGCUGCUGGGCGGCGGCGCCGCCGCGAGCAGCCUCAGCUUCCCGCUCAGCAACGGCACCUUUCUGGGGGCCGCGCUGGGCGGCGUGCGGACGGGCGGCGGCGGGCGGCUGCUGGCGGCGCGGGCCGUGAGGCUGGUGUACCACCUGCGGGAGGACGGCCCCGCCGCGGCGCCCGGCCGCCGCUGGCUGCAGGGCUUCGUCAGGCUCUUCCCCGACGUCCUGCGCGCCUACAACUUCACCGCCAUCGAGGUGACUUACUUUACCUCACUGUCCAGACAGGAGGAGUUUGAAGGAAACUCCAAGAGCGUGAUCCCGCUGUUUUCCAUAACAUAUUUUUUGACAAUAACCUUUUCAAUUGUCUCUUGCCUAAGAUUGAGCUGUAUCAGAAAUAAUAUCUGGCUUGCAAGCUGUGGAGUGGUUUCUGCUGGUUUAGCUGUAUUAAGCAGCUUCGGAUUGAUGCUGUACUGUGGAGUGCCAUUUGUCAUCACUGUAGCGAAUGCACCGUUUCUUAUUCUAGGAGUUGGUGUUGAUGACAUGUUCAUCAUGAUUGCUUGCUGGGAGAAAAGUGCAAGGGGAAAAAGAAAAUUAGACACCAAAGCCCGGAUGGCUGAGACUUAUGCAGAAGCAGCAGUUUCUGUUACAAUUACCACUCUCACAGAUGUUUUAGCCUUCUUCAUUGGCACCUGGACUGCUUUUCCAUCUGUGAGAUCAUUUUGCCUCUACACAGGCACUGCCUUUAUUUUCUGCUAUAUAUAUACCAUGACCUUCUUUGGGGCAAUUCUUGUACUAAAUCAUAAAAGGGAGGGAAAAAACCGACACUGGUUAACCUGCAUGCCUGUGAAAACAGCUGAAGAUAACACUGUUAAGUCCUGCUUGUACAAUGCAUGUUGUAUAGGCAGCUGUUCUGGUCAGUCAUCUGAGUCAGACAAUGAACAUCCAAUGAACAAAUUCUUUGAAAGGUAUUAUGGUCCUUUCUUUACAAAUAAAUGGGUCAAACUAGUUGUAGUAUUGCUAUAUGGAGCAUAUCUGGCUGGUAGUAUUUAUGGAUGUACUCAGGUCAGAGAAGGCAUAGAUCUUCGAAAUCUGGCUCAUGAUGACUCUUAUGUUGUUCCAUACUAUGAUGAUGAUGACAAGUAUUUCUCCGAAUACGGACCCAGGGUCAUGGUUGUCAUUACUGAAAGUGUAGAAUAUUGGAAUAAGUCUGUUCGAAUGGCCAUUCAGAAUUGCAUGCAGAGCUUGGAGGGCAUUUCCUAUAUAGAUAAGAACCUCUCAGAGUCAUGGCUGACAGUGUACACAAAACUCGCUGAAAGUGCUUCAAUGGAUUUAAAUAACAAGGAUCGCUUCAUUAAUAACUUACUUAUACUGUUCCGGUAUUUUCCUGAUUUUGAGUGGGAUAUUAACAAGACUCAGGAUAAAAUCGAAGCUUCACGUUUCUUCAUCCAAACAGUGAAUGUUACCUCAGCUGUUGAUGAGAAAAAUCUUUUAAACCAGUUGAGAGACACAGCCAAGCAGUGCAAUAUUCCAUUAAUGGUGUACCACCCAGCAUUUAUCUACUACGAUCAGUACCUGGUCAUAGUGCAGAACACCAUUCAGAACGUCCUCACUGCUGCUGGGGCGAUGCUCGUUGUCUCUCUUCUGCUUAUUCCCAACCCAUUCUGUUGCUUGUGGGUAACUUUUGCUAUAGCUUCUGUUAUAGUUGGUGUUGCUGGUUUCAUGACGUUUUGGCGUGUCAAUCUAGAUUCCAUAUCCAUGAUCAACCUUGUCAUCUGCAUAGGAUUUUCUGUAGAUUUUUCUGCUCAUAUUUCCUAUGCCUUUGUUUCAAAUGAGAAGCCAUCAGCAAAUGAAAGGGCAGUAGAAGCUCUACACCUGUUAGGUUACCCAGUAUUACAAGGUGCGGUUUCUACUAUAUUAGGAGUAGUUGUAUUGGCAGCAGCAAAAACAUACAUCUUCAGAACAUUUUUCAAGAUUAUGUUUCUUGUUAUUUUGUUUGGGGCUGUUCAUGGUCUUGUUUUUAUUCCAGUAUUUUUAACCUUUUUUGGAAAUUUUGGCAGAUCACCCCAUAAUACAGUAUCUGAAGAUGUCCUCAAGCCACAGACUAGGUUUAGGGAAGAUGAAGACUGUCCACAACGAACUUAAUUAUGUAAUUUAUUUUACAUUUAAGCUAUUCUAAAAUGUAGUAUAACAUUGUGAGACUAUGAGAAAUGACAGAGAAAUAAAAGAAGAAUAAAUACAAAAGAGAAGACCUAAGCCAUGCAGCAAGUAACAGAAGGUGAAAUAAAAACAUACAGAGAAGAUGGAUUUAUAACCUUAUUUCUGACACUUCCUCAUUUUUGUAUGUUUGGUUUUGUAAUCUUGAUGUUUUUAAACCUUUUUUGUGAAUUGUUCACUGACUGAAUUGAAGUUAGACCUAUCAAAAACACUGAAUAUUGAACCAGUUGUAUGUACUGUUUCAGGUUUGUCAGGAAAUGCACACAGGAAGGAGGAGUAACUCCAUUGUUUGCAUCUUCUGGCUGUUUAUCUUGAUGUAACUGCCCCCAUACUGGGCCUAAUGACAAGUUUCCACAGGAGGCACAAACCUUGGGGUUUUAUGGCAAGCUUAUUUAUUGCAAGCUUAUCAAGACAUUGGGUUAGAAUUGCCUCAAACUGCAACUAUGUGUAAGCCUUUAGGAGACAGUCUAUACAGGCUUCUAGGGCACAAGGGACCCUUAAGGAAGACUACUCAUUCACCUAUUUUGUAUUAAAAUCCUCGUUUUCUUGCUAAGAUUAAACAACAACUUAUGUGUUUAGUUUCUGUUGGCUGCAGUUUGGAACUUGUGCGGAACUCUUGAGUAACCAUUGUGGUACAGGCCCAUCGUGGCCUGACAGGGCAAGGAUUCACUAGAAAGAUGCCACCUCAAGCCCUCACUGAUGAAAAAGGAACUGAGGUUUAAGAUGGUCAGUUCAAAACCUAUAAACUCAUAAAUGCAAUUGUACUAAUCUGUGACAACCCUUUCCUGUGAUGCACCACUAGAGCAGAAAGCCAGGCGCUUUCAUUGAAAUUAGUUUAUUAAUAAAUUAAUUUUAAACCUGUA